AUGUCUUCGGAUUUCAAGGGCUGCGAGGUUAAGGUUGUGAAGGUUGAUGCUCAAUUUUCUCUAAGGGAGAGUGUCAUCGUGACAGCUAUUGGUUGUUUACUCGGGAAAGACAAUAUCAAAAGGGUCAUCUCCCAAACAUUCUUUCUUGCCAAGCAAGAGAUCGGAUGGUUCGUCUUGAAUGAUAACUUUCGCAUAAUAUAUGCACAAGGGAUUUUGAAUAUUUCCUUUGGUUGUAAAGACGGUGUUUUGUCCCCUCAAGUGCCGGAACACACAAAUGUUCCGAUUGAAACAAAAUCAGUAAACAAAGUCGCGAUGCCUGCUGAAACUAAGCAUAGUAUUGAGGAAACCCUAGAAGUCCAAAUUACUGAUGUUCCGAAGGACCCAGACACCUCUAAUGAAACUGGGAAAGUUGAGGGCCAGAAAAUGGUUGCGCCAAACCAACAAUCAACUGUAUCUCCCAAAUCAAAUAUUGCUAAAAGGACAAAAGAGCAAACUUCUGAUUAUGCUCAAGGUUCUAUUACCAGAAACAAUGUGGCUUCAAGAGAUUCCAGAGCUAGAUCCAUUUAUAUAGAAAACCUGCCCAAGGACAUAACAAAAGACGAACUGGCCGAAGCAGUGAAGGUCUUCGGGGUAGCAAGGCCAUCUGGCUUUCAGAUCAGAACAUGUCCUUUCGAUGGAUUCUGUUUUGGAUUCGUGGAAUUUGAAUCUGAAGUUUCAGCGAAAAGUGCAGCUGAGGCUCGCAAGCUCACUAUUAAAGGUUCUGACGCCCGGAUUUCGAUAAAAAAAUCUGGCACCAAAGGAACAGGUGGGGAGUUUCGGUCUAGAAACUUCAGAGGCCAAGACAAAGGGAAGGUUACUUCUAACGGGAGCUCUUUUGACGAUAAUGGCGAACGUGGUUAUGACCGUCAAAACAGAGAAUUCGGUGAAAGGAAUAGCGAAAGCCGUGAAGGAAGAGCUUACGGAGGAGAAGGGCAUCCCAAGAACAAGGGAAGGAAUAGAGGACACCAGAAAAAUGGUCAGGUACAGAAUGGUGGAGGAAGUAAUAGCCGAGCAAAUUCAGCUGCUAAAGCUUGA